ACACCUCACAUUUAACUGUGUGAUUGCGGUGUUUUUGAAAAUACUUAAACAGUUUUAAGGUUUUGGCCAUAGAUAGGCAUUGUUUUUUAUUUUUAAUCUUUUAAGCUUAUUUUUAAACGAGGGAUUCAAAUAAAAUGAGUGAAAACGGCAUAUCAUCAGAUAUUUCUGAAUCAAUAGCUGGGUUGCAAUCAAAUGGGUCGUAUGAUGAUAUUUCAAAGCUUCGUCAACAAAUAGCUUUACUUGAUGAAAAGUUAAAAGACAAAAAUGAACAAUUAGACAAAGCUGGGAAAGUCGGCUUAGAGCUUCUUUCUAGUAAUAAUAGUCUUCAAAAAACUCUAGAGGAUGAAUCAACAAGAUUUACAUCAGAAAUUGAGAAACUUUCUCAAGAAAAAUUUUCUCUCCAACAAUCAUUAGAAUGUAGUAAAAGAACUAAAAAGGAAUUGGAAACUGAGGUUGAGUCUCUACAAGAUCGAUUAUCAUCAAAAGAUGAAGAGUUUGCUAACGACUUCGAUGAUCUGAAGAGAAAACACGCCAUGGAAAUGAAUAAAAAGGUUUCAUCGUUAGAGAAUGAAAUUAAUGAAGCUGAAAAGAAAAAUUCUAUACAAACUGAGCAAAUAAAAGACUUAAAAAAUCAAGUUAAAGAGUUAACCUUGGAACUACAAGAAAGACGAUCUUCGCCUGUUGGUCGUCUUCAAACCUCUGUUUUAAUGGAACAAAACUCAAAACUGAAAGAAGAUCUUUUAAUGCAAAAUAAUCGAAUUCACGAAUUGGAAAGAAAUAAAAUGAAAAUUGAAGAAGAGCUAAAAGAGGCUAUACGAAAAGUAUCCCGACUGCAAACUGACUUAGGAGAUUCUCAGAACGAGACUCUAUCGUAUAGUCAAUACUUGGAGAAAAGCAGAUUAGAGGUUAAAGAACUACGAAGCGAAAUGGAUGACAUAAAACUGCAAUAUGACAAACAUAACAAAAAGGGAAAUUCUUUAUUUGCUGAGGUUGAAGAUAGAAGAAUUCAAGCCGAAAAAGAACUACUACAGUUUCGCGUGAAAUAUGAAAAUUUAGCUCGAUCUCAUAAAAUAACAUCGGAAACUCUUGAAAAAUUCAAAAUGCAACUAUCGAAUGUUUUGACAUUAAAUAGCGGAGUAAAGAAUUUAGAUAAGGAGAGAAUGAGAAAAUUAGAAAAUGAAUUGCACGAAGCUCAUUCGGAAAUAACCUCACUGGCACAUCAAUUAGAGAUUACUAACGUAAAAUUAGCUGAAUCAAAGUCACCUUUUGACGGAUUUUCAAUGUCAGGUGCUAUAAAGGAAGGAGAAUUGAAUUUAUUGGAUUUUACUGAAUACUUGAAAAGUUUGAUUGAAACAAAAGAAAAAGAGAAGAAAGAGGUAGAAAAAAAAUUGGCUCAGGAAAGAACAUUUCGUUUAGCUACGUCGGAUGAAUUAGUUCAGACUCAACGUCGAUUGUACGAAGCGAAGAGUCAUUGCGAAAAAUACAAAGGAAUGUAUUUUGAAUUAAGCGUUGAAUUGAGGACCAUCCGGCUUAAGUACGAACCAGAAAAAGUGGUUCAAGAGAGAGAAGAAAAAGAAAAAAGAGAGCAAUACUUUGAAGAGAAAUUAUCGGACGAUGAAAUAUUUGAAGAGCCGAAUAAUAAAGAAAACAAAGACAAAAUUCGCCCAAAAGAAAUAGUAAAGAAACCUGAACCUGAAGUUGAAAAUCCAGUUUUAAAAGAAAGAAAAAAAGUUGUUUCCGUUUCGGACAAAGUUCAAGUGCAUAAUUACACUCCUGAGCAAUCGUUCUCAAGACUGUCGGAAGGAGGAGAUGAUGAGGAAGAAAGAGUAACUGAAGAGAAAGAAGAGACCUCAAAAAGAAAAGGUAGAAAGCAAUAUAAAAAAGUAGUAGAUGUAGCAAAUUUGUCGUCCACUAGAGAAAAUCCAGAAUGUAAGACCCAAUAA